AUGUAUUUCAAAAAGUGCUUACCCCGACCAAAAGCCUCAAACCUCGAGGUGAAUUUCAUCUCAAAGUUACGAAAGUUCGUCUGUUGUUGCUUCAAUUCGUCAGUAGUUUAAGCAUGCGCGGUCGAAGUUUCGCCUUUGAGCUGGUAUCUUUCUCAGUUUCCUUAGUAACUGAUGGAGCACAGCCGGAACAUGUCAAUGUAAUAUAGCACAAGAUUUGUGUUAUCACUCUGUCUAGCCUUUUAUGAGUAGACAUGUGAUGGAUACAGGCGAAGUUAAUUCUUCUGGAAAAGUAAAAUGGACUUUAAACAACUCUGAUCUUCCAAAGAAGGAUGCAAGGCCAAAAUAUUCGCGUAUUUCGGAGCACUUUCGGCACGUUGCACCGGGUGCUUUACAGUGUUCAAUGUUUUGCGGCGGAAAACAGUGCAAGUAUGAAAACCCUGCCAAGUUUAGAAGCGAAGAAAUGGCGAUUCAAGGACUCUAUUCCUCGUGGUAAGCUUUAACUGUUAUUAGUUAAGCUGAAAGAGUGAAGAUCUAUUUUUUUGGUGAAGUAUGGGAUCGCUGAGAACAACUUGUAGACUAAAAACGACUUGUUAAGGCACCGUGAGUAUGCUUAUGGCUGUGAGGAAAUAUAGUUGAGAGUGCAGUUAGGGUCUAAAUAUGUAAAUGGUAUAUUUCUGUUAUAAAAAGGUCUUUACAUUCAAGGCAAGAUAGUAUCUUCUCAUGAAAUAUUGAUCGAUAUAAAUUUAUGGUAAUCGUCAAGAUGAGUAAUUUUCUAUUGGACAGCGGAAAAUAAUCUAUGCAGCUCUAGAGUUCUCAAGUGUCAUAACUCAUUGAUUUCGUCAUCAGCCCCUCCAAGUGGUCGACCUUUGAUAUUCUGAGGCAGAUCUACAUGUACAGGGCUUUCUUUGACUCAAAGGCACGAUAUUUUCUGCGGAGGUCUUUUCUCAUCACUCAAAGUCUUCCAAGGAUGUUCAUAAUUUCCAAAGAUACCCCCUGGAGUUGUACAAAGAAUAAACAAACGAAAUCACACAUAGGAUAAUUUGGAAUUAUCAACUCUCAGUUGACAGUUUCAAAGCUGAUUUUUGAGCAUUAUUCGUCAGAGCAAUCUCACAUAGAUUUACUCAGUUGUAAAGCAUAUGGAGGGCCUGAAAACUGGCCUUGUAAUGGGGUAAUUUUGUGUUAUCAACUGCAUUUAUAGAGUAAAUUGGCCACUGUAAAGAGUUAAAAAGCUGGCGUUUUUAGUGUUAACCCUUCCUUAGCUCUCUCAUGAAGGGCUAACACUCAAAAUGUCAGCAUUUAAAUUCUCUACAGUGGCCAAUUUAUGUUAUCAACUCAGUUGAUAAUACUAAAUUAUACUCUCCUACCAAUGCAGCACCAAAGUUUCUUUUGAAACUAACCCCCUUUAUUCAUUUGGUCUUGUAAUGGUUUGGAUCUUUGCUUCUGGCUCUGGCAAUAAUUUUUGUCAUAAUUUGUUAGUAAGGGUCAUGGUUACACGACUGUUUAGAGUUAAUGGUUAUGUUGCAUGUGAAUACAGUCUCUACUCUGAACUAGCUUACAACAAUUGUCUAAUUGCAACAUACAAAUGAGAUUACUGUAGAGUAAUCCUUAUUUAGCCCAAAGUAUAUAAAUUUUACUUAGAAAUCAUGUACCCUUAAUUUUCAAUUUUAUGUAGAAGAAAUUAAAUUCCACUGAAACCCUUUUCUUCCGUUGUUGUUCUCACAGUGAUUUAUUUUGUAUGCUAUUUGUCAUACUCUUUUACAGGGUAACUCCAGACAUUUUAGCCACUGCUCGUCCAUCUACUGAAGUUAUGAGGACAUAUGCUGUCAUCGAACAGUUUUCCAGGUACAGCAUAUAUAUUUAACUUAAUUGCAAAUAUCACAGCACAUGUACAUGUAUGUUGCAACUAUACAAAUCUUUAUGGUUUCAUUGAAAUGGAAAUGUAAAGUUUAAAAUAGGUAAAUUUGUUUUAAGAAAAGUGAAGGGCAAAUUUACAUUUUUUAAAAUAAACUUGCAUUAAACAUCUAAUUUGUUUAAUUGAAAUUAAAAUAAUUUUUGUGGUUCUCCUUUUUUAUUAUGAACUAUUUGGUUACAGCAGAAUCCCCAUAGCAAUACCAACCGACUAGACUGAAAAAAUUAAUGGAAAAUUGUUAAUGUGACUCUGAUGGAGAUUUUCACUCAGUUCACACAAUUUGAUUUCCUUUCCAUGGUAGUAUUCCUAUCUGUUUUGUAUAUGAUGAGAGACAUUUUCUAUACAAGUGUGUAUUGACAGUUUCGUAGUAGGUGUACUCUAUCAUUUGAUUUGUAUGCUUUCUCCAAAAAGGAUGGGAAUUAAAUCAUUGAUAAACCUUCAGCAUCCAGGAGAACAUGUCAGUUGUGGCUUUGGUAUUGAUCCUGUUAGUGGCUUUUCUUAUGAUCCAGAAGACUUCAUGAAAGAUGACAGUAUGUACUGCUCCCACUUAUUCAGUUAAUGAAUCCUGUUUUCUCUUGACACAUUCCUGUAGUGUCACUAUUUUAGCUUUUAAAAUAACAAGGCGUUAAAAUACAAAUCUCAGAUGCCCCUUUUCAGUAGAGUAUGUGCCGAUCACAUUGUAAUAACCAAGAAGAAACGUGAUGAUUAAAAAUUCUUUUGUAUAUAAUUAAACUUAUUUUGUUAAACCUCUAGUGUGGAAGAAUAGGCAACCAUUCUGUUUAGUAGUAAAUUAAAUUAUAUAUCUGAAAUCAGUGUUUACUAAGCUGUAAGUAAAGGUAUACUUUUACAGUGAUAGUGCACAUAAUUUUCUUGCUAUCUCAGUUUAAAUGAAAACACUAAUUUUCCUUCUGUGAUACCUUAAGUUGUAGAGAAAAUGAUCCAAUGAAACUCAUGGUAUCAUUGCAAUAUUGAAAUGUGUGAAUGUAGUUCAUUGAUGGAAAACUCACCUAUUUCUAAGUGAUAAGCACCCUAAGCCUACAGUCUCACAAAAAAAACAUGUUUUUGGAAUAUGUUAAUUCUUCAUAAUGAAGCAUUAAAACCAAGGAACAGAAACUAAGAACCAUGUUUUUCUACAGAGGCAAGCAUCAUAAAUAAAUAAGUAAAGGUGGAACACUUUACAAAAGUCUAAAAACAUCAAGGGGACUUUGUCACCUUACAUGUAUACCCACUCUGUGAAAUAUUCUCUCAAAUUUCCCAUGGCUAUUAUUCUGAAAGGUUUUAAUUAGAUAGAGCUUUUAAUCCAUACAUGUAUAUAGUGAUUUGAUUCUGAAAUGUAAGAAAUUAACCUUUGUUGUGUUAAGAAUAAUUACGUAAAUGUAUUUGAUAAACACAACAGAGCUUGGCUUGCACUCAGGUUGCAUCAGUGGUAGUGUAUUUCAUUGUACAGCAGUCUGGUAAAACUUUUACAGUGCCUUUUCUCUUUGUCUGAUUGAACUACUCAUUUUAUUUAUUAUUCUGAUGUGACUUUGGAACUCUGUGAAAAGUAGUUCGUGAUGCUGUUUGCUGAUGCUGCUAAGUUUGGCAGACAAUUAUAACAUAUUUUUAUGUUGUGGUCACUAACACCAAAAGUUGAGGUGCAGUGACACUUAAUGCAUACAUUAAUGUGAUUUAACUCAUGAAAACUUAUUGAGAUAACAGAUCAAUUAACACCUCAAAUUUUAGAAUAGUUAAUUAUGAUUUUUUUAUUUGAAAUAGCUAAUAAUUAUUAACAUUGGCUGAUUUAUUAUUUUCCUUAUGGCUCUCAUUUUGAAAACAAGUUUUCUUCUACAAUUUUGGAUGGUGAGUGUUGUCUUUUAUACUUUAUUGAUAACUAGUCCACAUGUAAUUAAAAAAUAUACAAACUAAAUGUACCUUGUGCAACAGGUGUUUCCUAGAGACAUGUGAGGUAAGCAUGAGGGGCAAGACAUGUAGACCAUUGUUCACACUUUCUGGCAUUUAUUUGUAAAGACAGCUAUCCAAUUUGGCUGUAACAUCAUUUGGUCAUCACAUGGUCACAUUUGGUUUUUGUUUAUUGGACCAAGCUCUCUGAGGAGCCCUCCAUCUAGCCCAAAUAUGUUAGAAAUAUGAAUGCAAAACAAGGGAAAAAUAUCUGCUAACUGUUAUUUCUUGCCAGCAUACUUUAAAUGUUUUUGGUUAGCCAGAAGAAUGGGCAUUUUCUCCAUUGUAAUACUGGGAUGGCCAUGAGUUAUUUUGGCUAUUUUAGUUCCACAGCUUUUUGACUGAUUUUUACAACCCUAAACUCAGAGCCAGAUCAGAGGUUUUGAACAAGCCUGCAAACAUUUUGCAAAUUUGUGAGAAAGCCUAUGAUUAGGAAAUAACAUCAAAAUCAUAAAAGAACUAUAAACAGUUUUCAACACUUUGAAUGGGAAAGACUGAUGUUGGUGGUGGCUGGAGACCAAAAAGCAAGGGAAAUGGUGUGCAUUCUGUACAUUCUCAUCUUUCACCUUCUCCUAGCACUUGCCUCACUUUGGCCUCCACUCACUUGAAAAGUGCAGCCAAAAAAAAUGGCCUUGAUCCUCUUAGCCCAGUAUUUCAGCAAAUCUUUUAAAAAAAAUUCUUGUUGGCUGCUGAAAACAGUUUUAUACUUUUUAGGAUUACCUUUUGCUCAACCCUUACAUUUUGCAUCAGUUAUUACACUUUGUGACAUGAUGCCCCUCUGUUUUGUGGGUACAGAUUUACCCAGUGGAGUCACCUAAUCAUUGUUCAUUUACAGGAAUGACUACGGUGUUCGAUCACUUGAGUCUAUUUUGGACAUGGUGAAGGUUAUGUCAUUUGCUCUUAAGGAAGGAAAGGUUGGUUAUUCACCUCAGAACCUUAACUUAAUACCAAUACAAGUUAAUAUCUUACUUCACGCAUCCAUUUACACCUCCUAUUCUCCUAAGCUUUUUGUUAUACCACUGUGAACAUUCAAGUGGCAAACUAUAAAAAAAGCUCACUAUGUCACUACAACAGUUUGUUAUACUACAAUCUAAUAUUAUUGAUAUUCUUGCAAUGCAUGACCAAAAUUGUGUUCAAAAAUAAUUCUGAUUAAAACAAACUGUAGAAAACUCAGUGUUGGUUUUGGAAUGGUUCACAAGUGGUUGGUGUCCUUUCUAUACUUUACUGGUUAGCUUACCUAAAAGGGUUGUACAAAUUGUGUGCUUUGACACAGAGCUUCUACACUCUUUCUUUGAGAUAAAACAGCUGUCUUGUGUUGACUUAAUCUUGAAAUUAUCAGAAAAAAUUAAAUACCUUGAGCAGUGUGAACUCCAUACAUUAUUUUGUUUUUAACAAAUCAAGCAAUCUUGUGCCAUGAUAAUGACUGCUAAAGUUAAAGUAGGAUGAUUUUAAGAAGUUUCAAAUAACAUUUCGAACAAUUAUCACAUCAUUUCAAAGAAAAUAGAUUGCAUAUUAUUUGAGCAAAGUCUUGUUUUUGUAUGAUAGUUUUUAUGUUUCCUGCGACUACUGAAAGAAACAAAAAAAGUUGCAUAAUUAUUUAAUUAGGUAAAAAAAUAGGCUUAAAUACCAUAUGUUUAAUGUACUGUGUGAUCAAAAGAGGAAUCUCCCAUCUUUAAGCCUAUUUAUCAUGGUUUCAUACUGAAAGAUACAUGUACCUGUAUAUAUGGGUAUUUCAGUUAAGCCUUGUUCAUGUAAAAUUGUGCACUAGGAGUAGAUGCCAGUUGUAACAAUCACAACUUAGCAGCAAGUUGUUGUAGUACCAUUGCUUUGAAAUGUUAAGUAAUCCAAGUUUUGAGGCCUCUUGUCCUUAGUUACACUUGUAAAAGACAUGAGGUAUUUGUCAAUAAUCUUCUCCAAAUUUGAUUGAUUGUGGUUGGAUUUUUUUUCUCUUUUUUUAUUUGAAAUUUCAGGUUGCAAUUCAUUGUCACGCUGGACUGGGUUGGUAACAUACCUUUAGACUGUUUCUUAAAGAUGUACAUUCUGAUUUUAAUCAUAUAGUGAGAAUACAGAUAGAUAAAAUAAUGGAUACAGUACAUGCAUUUUGAGCUACAUGUUAGAGGAUGCCAGUGUUUAAAAGAUGCAACCUUAACUAUAGAACUUAAGAAUUUUAGAGCCUUAGAACUUUUCUGUAUCCAGUCAAAAACUGAAAAUUUCACCAAAACUGCUUGCUUAUGAGACAGAACCUACUGUUAGAGAAAAAUGUUUUUAAUUACAUUUUAUUAAAUGAGAGCUCCAUAAGUGAGUGAGAGGGAUAGCCAACACAUUUUUUCUUCAACAGAAUGAAAAUUGUGAAGAAUGUCUUUUUGUAGAGGCCAAACACAAAUUUUACCAAGGCAAACUUUUUUCCUUGAAACAAGGGACAUGUGUACUGCACAUCAAAACAAAGAGAACCAAAUAUUUAAACAAAGCAACGUGGAAAUCCUUAUAUUGCUGAAAGAUAUUGCACUCUUAACAAAUGGACUUGAUACAUCCCCCCCCAUUGUAAAACCUCUGACCAGAGGUUUAAGGAAGUAAGGAAAUUUUUGGGAUCAAUAUCAUAAGGUCAAUUGACAUAUACAAGAGAAAGGUUUAGGUGUAAUGAGGUAACUCUAUUAAUAUUUUUACAGGUAGAACAGGAGUACUCAUUGCUUGCUACCUUGUAUAUUCUGAUAGAAUUGAGGCAGAGGAGGUGUGUUAUUAUUGAUAGAGGGGUGUGGAGCCAUGCUCACCCACAGAAAGAACUAAAGUAUUUAGAUGUUUUCCCAUUAAUUCUAAACUGAAAUUCAAGUACCAAAAGUGACCAUUUAGAUGUUUUUUUUAUUCAGCUCAGCUCAACUUUCUAUAAAUAAAAUUCAUAUACAUGUAGGCCUAUUUCUCUGACAUACAUCAUUGAUACUAAGACAAAUUAUUAUAAAUAUUAUUCAUGGGUGACCACUUUCAAUGGCAAUUUUCCGGUUGUUGACAUUUAAAAUACGGCCAUACUGUAGAAAUACAUGCUUUAGAGUCACUGAGAUCAGUGGUAGAGGAGCCUCAGACAAACCAGUAGGUUUUGAAUGAACGGGUACCUUUCAUCAAGAUAUAAGUUGAUAACUAAAGAUUUUUUUUAAAGUGCCUUUAAUAACGUUUCAAGAACGUAUGUAAAUGUCGUUACUAUCACUAUGAUUUUGACAAGGUAAAAUUAUUCAUUUUUGUAGACGGUGUGAUUAAGCUGGAGAGUAAAAACAGGAAAAUAUGAAAUAAUAGAGGAAAUGCUUAGAGUUAAAUGGAGUGAAAGUGGUAGCAUUUUGAUAUUAGCCUUAAAUCAAUUUCCUUUUUCUGUAGGCAAUUCACAAAGUACGGUCAAACAGGUAAAAUACAUUAAAUUUGAUAUUUGAUAGCGAGUCGUGGGUUCUGAUUGGCUACGCGAGCGAUUGCCCGCUUUGAUACAAGGGAAAAAUUAUGUGGAGCGGAAUUAGAAAGUUCGUAAUUUUUGGACAAUUUCGUCAAUGGAGUCGCAAAAAAACGACGAAAGACGGUCAAAACAAAGAAAACAUAAACGAUUUUCAGGAGUUAUUGUGCUAAAAGAACCGGAAAAUAAAAAAAUUUAAAAAACAAAGUGAUAUGAAAAGGUUUUAUUUCACGGAAAACGAGACGAGAAAUUAGUGCCACUCCCGAUUAAGGAAUUAAUUUUUUUUCCGGGAAAUUUUUAGAAAACGUUCACAAGACUUAUUAAGUCAACUUAUUUUUCAAUUUGUCAAAUGAAAAACGGGUAUGCGCCCAUCAAAGUUGGCCUUUUUCCGCUGUGCUCGAAAACAAACCAGUCAUUCUUGAUUUUUAUGAAGCAAAGUUUGGUUCUUCAUAUAUCAUAUAUUGACCAAGUUUAUUUGGUGAAGAUGACUGGAUAUUAGCCUCGAAUUUUUCCUGGUCCAUAAAAAAAAGAACUAAGCGAAUAUCCAGCCACGCUUUGUCAAUAACACAUAUAGGGUUAUUUUCUUUCUAGCAGUUACCAUAAUUGAUUAUAACAUGACAUAGGCUAUUUUUUGAGUUGUUGUUAAAUUUUCUAAGAAGCAUCAUUUAUCACUAAUUUCAUCACAAGUGGUUGAGUGAAGUUCAAAUGAGACCCAGAUGAAGUUUUGCCGUCCCUACAAAUAGAGCUUCCUCUUUCCGCGAUGUUAUCUUAUAAAUUUCAUGCUAUACCUACUAUGUAGACCCAAAGCUGUGCAGACACGAGGCCAGAUACAGUGUGUUAUUGAUUUCACGAACUUCCUAAACCAUCUUUGGGUGGUCUUUCCAUGCUGGUACGUUAACUCAAAUUAAUUUUAAAUUUGGUUUGAUCUGAAGAGUGCAUGGCACUUUUUGUUCAACAGUGCAGUAACGUAAGGUGUGCAGUGGAGAUUAUUAAUGGAUUUGAAAUACAGCACUCCUUAUUUCUUGCUAGAACGGAAGUGUACUAAGCAACAUCUGUUUUCCUCUUUUACCCGACCUUCCUUUGUUUAGGAGGCUCAAAACGCUUUCCUUAUUGGUUAUGGUGGUUAUUGUAAUUGUUAUCGUUUAUUUGACCAUAAUCAUGAUGUUCAUCAUCAUUGUUGUUGUUUUUGUUGCUUAAAUUCAUUUCAUUGUUACGAUUCCACUUUUUGCAAAGUUUUUUUUCCUUGAAGAAUGAGAGUCACUAGAAACAAUCAGAAACAAAAUGGGGCUGUAAGUACUCUCAGGGAACAAAUGAACAAGCUUUUUAUCGUCAAUCCGCGUCAAAAUAUGUUGCAAAUAAAUAGCACAAGGUAAAAGUUAAACCACCUCAGGAGGACUCCCAGUGUAAAUAUGGUUGCUCGUAAUUUUUUCUUCUAGUGCUCCCAGUGCAAAGCCAUUUACAUUACAACAAUACCUCAAACGUCAGAGACUGGUUUUGCAUGGUGAGGAGGAUAGAGUCCUUAAACAUGUUCCAAAGGUUAGAAAUGUACACGUAAGGCUUCUCAACUCACAAACAUAUUACCUCUAAGCAUUAGGUAUGUUGCAAAACUUGAGUCAGUCGGUACACUAGAUUAGCCAAUAAGCAUUUUCUUCCUGAUUUGGAGCCAUUUACUUUGAACGUUCCUUGAAAUUGGUGGGCUAGCUAAACUCAGUUGGUAGUUAAACGUUGUCUAGGGGAAUUAAAACUCUUCGAGUUUAUAUUCUUCUGAUCAAGGCUAAUUACACUGAAAUAAAGGUUGAUGUUUCAUUGGUAAGCUUUUAGUAUUUUACCUUGUUUUUUUUUAUUUACGGAUAUUUAAACCCAUUCUAUUGUUAGACCUCAUUAAAAUUUUAAUACAAUUAGAGCAAUCACCCAAAUAGCGAUAUUUAGUUAUUUGUAUAUAUUUUAUUUUUUUGCAAGGUGGUGUACAUUUGCUGCAGGCGACUGCUAGAAUUGGCAGGGGUUAAAAAAGAAGACGCUCCCCUAACCUGGAAUUUCUCACAGGACGCUAAAGCCGUUUCUUCUGAAGUGGAUGAUAGUUUCACCACUAGGGACCUUGACAGAGAGACCAUUGAAGAUUCACUUUCUAGUGAUGUAGCUGACUCAUUGAGGCAUAACCCUUACGUAGAUUCCAGUCUUCCUUUAUUUGAGGGUUCUUGCAUCUAUCGUGCAGAGAGUUGUGAUGCAUUUGUAGAUGAUACUUUUAGUAACGGGGAAGGAAAAACGUUGAGACAUUCAGAUGUAACAAACCCGAGAAGACGUGGUUCAGAACUAACUGUAGUUCUUCCAGGUGAAGGAAGACCCAAUCGUGUGCAAUUAGAGCCACUAAAUGUGCCAAAAAGACAAAAAAACAAGAAAGGAAAAUUAAUAAGGCCCAGUCAAAGCCUCGAAGCCACCGAUAACGAUGGAGGUGGACCAGAAGUCAACAGUGAUCGUAAUUCAUUGAAGGAAAGUGCGACGCCUAUAUCAGAAACAGACAGAAUACAAGUGGCAAAGUCUAUGGCAUCUAGUGCCUGUGUUGAUAGUACUGUUCAUAGUCGAACAGAGAGAAUUAAGGUACAUAAAUCCAUAUUUAUUAAGGUUACCUGCAAUUAGGAUUAUAGUCAUAGUGACGGAGUUACGUCUGCUAAAAAAGCAUCGUUGAAAUAAUGAACUGUUGGAGAAAUGAUGUUCGUCCGAAAUCUGUGUGACAAGCUGAGAAGUAACGCGUUUGAAAUUUGUCCCAUUGACCAUUCGUCGGAAUGCAUCUUUAAACUAUCACUCCACAGUUCUAAGGGGAAACAUACAUUUUUGGGGGUUUUUAAUGUGUCACUACAACUUUACCUGCACAAAAAAUAUACAGGGUAAGACUUCUUCGCUGAAGGAUUUUGAAAGCGAUCCUUUUUUUUAUAGUAGUAGUAAUUUCGAAACAAGAUAGAAACUACAGAUACAUCAUUUAAUUCAAAGAAAUGAUCGUAGUGAACGAGAAUAAGAACGCGUUUCGCGGGAGUUAUUUCCCGCAGUGUUCCUCAAGGUGAAUAAUAAAAAUUGCCUCGUUAUAAUUUUUUAUGAAAUAAUUCAAAUAGUGCGUGCGCUCUGAUUGGCCAUAAAACCAUUUUACAUGAGCGUAUGUAAACACGGUUUUCGUUCCUCUUUCAUUAGUUAUUUUAUAAAAGAAAUAUAAAAUGUAAUCCGUGUUUUACAUAGCCUGAUGUAAACACUUGGGAGGUUGGGAGAACCACUCGAUAAGCUGGAAACCACUCCGCUUCGCGUCGUGGUUUCCUACGCUUAUCUCGUGUUCUCCCAACCUCCCGCGUGUUUACAUCAGGUUAGGUAAACACGGAAACCAUUUUACAUUUCUUCAUUGUUAUUCUCUUAUCAAAGAAUUACCCCAGUCUCCCUAAAGUUUGCAACAGACAAUGAUGAAGCCAAAUCAUAUCUAGAAAUCUAUUGGUUGUCUUAAGUAAAGGAAAAGGGGACAUUUACGACAACACGACGAGCUGAUAGGUGUUAUAAUUAUUAUUUAGAAAUCUCAUCAUCACUGUUAUUACUAUUAAUAUGAUUAUUACUAUGUACACUAUCAUUAUUGCUAUUAUCGUCAUCAUUAUCACUGAUAUCAUCAUUGAUAGAAACAACUAUAGUGGAAAACAUGCGUUACGGGAUUCCUGUUAGUGAUACAUUAAUUUUUCUUGACUUUCUAAUGUAGAGGAAACUUAACAGCUUCGAUUGUUGGGAAGAAGUUCUUACUGAAAGUGAUCCGUGGGUUCUAACUCGUCUUUUAUGGGCCUGGUUAGGUAGUUUGGUGGUGAGUAUUUCUACAAAUCCUUGUUUAUCCCAUAAAGUCUUGUUUAAAAAGCACAAUGUUAAAUUAUGGUCCGUUGUGCUCAGCCAGUUGAAUUGGUAUCUAUUGAAUUAAAAAAAAUGUUUUUAUCUAUUAAAGGGGUCAUAUGUUUUAAUUUUCUUUGUUAUAGCAAUGCAUGUGACUUACCCAGUAUUUUCUUACAGGAACCAGUCCUGGGUGAGAAAGAGGUGUCACUACUGGAACAAUAUGAUGAUCCCAUAGGAGUAGUGAAGAAACUUGACCGAGUAAGAGAAAAGUCAUCAGGCCUCAUUUACUUUGACUCCCGCAUGUUCCAUUUUGACAGACGUAAAAGAGAUUUUUGUUCUAAAAACCGUAAUUGACCAUUUAUUUCCACGAACGCCAACGAAAAGUGUACAUAAAAGUUAACCACUCACCGCCUUUCAAGAUUCCAAAGAGUAAUCUAACUUUCGAAAAUUGUUCAUACACAAGACUCGCCUCAAUUCAGAGACGGUUAACGCAACAACAAAAAACCUUACUCUGAGUUCGGAAUGCCCUGUGAUGUAGUCCCAAAUUAUCAAUUAGAUUCCAGGGAAUGGUAGCAAGAAGAGUUCACUUCCUUUUGUCACAGUUACAUUAACAGGUCCCCAAGGAAGAAUCAGCAGUGUAGCCUCCUUAGUAGAACCUUGAAUACAAUAAAAGGCAAUCUUCUAGAGGUUAAGAGAAUCUGCAAAUACGGAGUCAAGAGGCCUGCUGAGCGGUUUUUGUUGGCAUUGCUAGUUUUUAGCACUUUUAGUGAUGUUCUUGUUUUCUUGUGUUAUUAUUAUUGUAUGCUUUGUUUCUUUUUUAGGGUACAAGAGACACUUUAGAAUGCCUCGUUACUACCAUGUGUAAGGUAGGAUGAAAAGUUACCAAAGGUUACCCCCAAUGGUUAUUAACAGUGCUCUUAUCAUGGAUCGUAACUAGAACCUGUCAAAAAAACACAGAGCAUUUUCCCUAAAAGCACUCGUAACUGGAAAACUGCUGUUCGGUAACUCAGGUUAUCAUUUGCGAAUACAAUUUACUUAUCGAGAUAAAGUAAUCUGUAAAUUGAAAAAAAAAAAGAAAUUGAGGAGGUAGGAGCACGUAAAAUAUGCGCAUCUGUACAUUUUUUUCGCGUUCCAGCACUAGCUGCAAGGCUUAAUACACUGAUGAGAUCAACUACAUGUCUCAACAUCUGUUAAAAACAGAAAAAAAAUUAUGAAAAAAAAUGAUGAUAACCAAAGAUGAAAAAUAGGCUUGCUGAGUUCCCAAAAGAUUAAUUGUGAGUCAACUGAAGCAAUCUGCUAACAAAGAGGAGAAACCUUGUCCUAGGCAACAAUUAAGAACUCCGCAUUCCUAUUUUUUUGCUGUUGUCCUUUUUUUUUUUUAAAUUUUUUCGUAAUAUUUCGAAUUAAACCUACAGUUGUGAAGAACAGUGGCGUUUCUAACGUAGAAGAACAGAUCUGUAUCCAGGGAAAAACCCCCGAGUGAAAAUCUACCUAGCAAUUUAUUACUGUUUUAUGUUGGCGACGUAGGCUUACCUUUAAAUUUUUUAUCCGUGCUACUGUGGUGCUUAGCUGAUUAAUGUUUGAUUAUAAUGUGUUAAAUUUUGAUGAAAGAAUAGCUGAGGAAAUAGUGCUCCACCUAAUUUAGUAUAAAACUUUGGAUUACGUAUUUGUCCUACUAUAAUCUGCUUGCAGUCGAUUGGAUGCUUGUAUUCCUAGUGUUACAUGGAGUGUAAGACGGUAAAAUUUAAGGGAUUCACGUGAUCUCUCUUUAACACGAACAAUUCAAAUUGUAUUUCUCCAGUUGCAGCCGUUACCAAAUGAACUUGGUGAUCGUGUCCUACGUAACAUAGCCAUGAUUCUUACCCACAACAAGGAGUUGUCCUUAACAUCAGCAAGUGCUUACAUGUCUAAAGUUCAAGAACAUGCUGAGGCAGAAUCGUCUCCUAAUCAAGGUGCAAACGAGUUACAAAGGCUGGAUGUUUCUUCAGAAUCUGAGAUACGUUCAAGAUCAUGCAGAGUGCUUUUUUUCCUAAGACAUGUGGUGAAUACUCUGCAAAGCCUUUAGAGGGGAUAAUAUUAUAAUGACAGAAACUUAGUCACUAUUUAUUAAAUCGUUUACCGCGUCGUGCGGAAUGAUCUUUCGAAAGAAGGAAAACUGAAAAUUUAACUUCGCUAGAAUAGUGUAACACCUAAGAGAUGAGGAUAAACUCGAGAGAUGCGAGGAUGGGUUGGGAUGGCUUAGAUCUAAACAGAUUGAAAACGCCUUAUUUGAAAACCUUAAGGUAAGAAGCACAAACCUUGACGUAGCUUAUUUACCGACAUAGGGGACAAAGAUAACGUUCGCCUCUCUCAUAUUUCAUAAGUUUAAUUGCCGUGAUGAAUGCUACCUAAAAAAUACCCUGUACAUCGAGAUCUGUCAUUAAGGCUCUGGAUCCGUAAGAGUACAAAAAUUAUUGUGAACCAAAGCGAUACGUGUAAUGAUUUAGAGCUUCCUGGUUAGUGUGGGGUAUCGCGUGGUUAAAUUCGACUUCCCGGUACGCGUUCGCAGUUACCUCACGCGAUGUGUUCUUUUAAAAUUCUUAAUCGAACCUCUGCCAGCGCCCAGCAUCGAUAUUUGUCAGUCUCUUAAAACCAAUAAAGUUUAACUGC